AUGUAUGAAUCUGAUUGUGCAUCAAUUUUUGAAAGUGAACCUGUCAAUAAACUUUGGAACAAUGAUUUUAAGACUCCAAAACUCACAACCGUUUAUUUUAAGGAGAUAAAGUACAUAUUGGUCAAUGCUGGUCCAUUGAUCUUAACGCUUUUAGUGCAAAACACACUUACUAUUGCAUCUAUUUUUUUUGUCGGUCAUUUGGGUAAAUCCUAUUUGGCUGCCGUCUCGCUGGCUUCGAUGACGGCUAACAUUACUGGCAUGGCAUUUAUUCAGGGAUUAGCCACAUGUCUUGAUACCUUAUGUGCACAAGCAUAUCACUCAAAAAGCUUUAAGGAUGUGGGUGAAUAUGUGCAGAAAUGCAUUUUAAUGAUUCUACUAUGUUUUUCCCCAAUCGGAGUUUUAUGGUAUUAUUCACAACCACUUUUUUCCUUCAUUGCACCCAAAGAUGACCCUUUUGUAUCUUAUUUAGCUGCUGAAUAUCUUCGUGUUGCUUUACUCGGUAUUCCUGGGUAUAUAUGCUUUGAAUGCGGAAAGCGACUUUUGCAAGCUCAAGGAUUGCAUUAUCUUUCUAGUCAUGUUUUAUUUAUUUGUGCACCUAUUAAUCUCGUGCUGACUUAUAUCUUGGUGUGGUAUCCAGGUAUAAGUGUAGGAUAUAUUGGGUCUGCAAUCUCAAUUUCAAUUACUCAAUGGCUUAUGGCAUUUUUACUAUUUGGGUUUUCCUGGUAUUCAUAUGGUUUUAAAAACUGGAUUAGUUUUUCUAAAAAAAUAUUCCAAGGAUGGAGUUUAAUGAUUAAACAUUCCUGUACAAAUCUUGUUAUGAUUGAAAUGGAAAUAUUUGCAUUUGAAGUCUUUAUCUUUUGUGCAUCAUUGUUAGGUUCAGCUGAAAUUGUCACUCAGUCAAUCAUGUUUGCGACAUCAUCGACAUUUUAUCAAAUUUCUUUGGCAAUUAGCAUUAUUGCAUCUCAUCAGAUUUCUUGCUAUUUAGCGGCUUCAUCUCCUAAAAAUGCUCAAGUUGCCAAAAACUGCUAUUUGGUAUUAAGCGUCUUCGUUGGAUUAAUUAUUGGAUUAAUUAUUUACUUUGCUAGAUAUGCUAUUGUUUCUGUUUUUUCAGAUGACGAUGAUGUUAAAGAUUUGUUUGUUAAAACAGCAAGUGCUUUGGCAUUUAUGGCUUUUGCCGAUGCCCCUUGUGCUGUUUUAAGCGGUAUUUUACGAGGUUUAGGACGGUCGUAUAUUUGCGGAUACCUGAAUUUGUUUUUUUACUAUUUUCAAGCACUUCCAUUGACAGUAUUAUUAAGCUUUCAAUGGGGAUUGGGGAUUGCUGGAUUUUCUAUUUCAAUGGGCAUCGCUCUUUUGUUAAUUGGAAUUUGUGAACUAGUUUGUGUGCAAAUGAUAAACUUAAGUUUAUUAGUUGAACAGAUUCAAUCAUUUAGAGUGAUUUAA